AUGAUCAGACAGUCCACACUCAAGAACUUCGCUAUUAAGCGUUGCUUCCAACAAAUGGCAUACCGUAACACACCUGCUAUGAGAUCAGUCGCCCUCGCGCAACGCUUUUAUAGUUCAUCUUCCCGUUAUUAUAGUGCGUCUCCAUUGCCAGCUUCCAAUAGACCGGAACCAGCCCCAAGUUUCAACGUCGAGCCAGUGGCACAGGUGCCCGAGCCUUCUAAACUGGCCAAGAGACUGCGCACUGAGCCUGACAUGGACACAUCCUUUGUCGGCUUAACUGGUGGUCAAAUAUUCAAUGAAAUGAUGUCUAGACAUAAUGUCGACACUGUAUUUGGCUAUCCAGGUGGUGCUAUCUUGCCUGUGUAUGAUGCCAUCCACAACAGUGACAAAUUCACUUUCGUCUUACCAAGACACGAACAAGGUGCUGGCCACAUGGCCGAAGGUUAUGCCAGAGCCUCUGGUAAACCAGGUGUUGUCUUGGUGACCUCCGGUCCAGGUGCUACUAACGUCAUUACUCCAAUGGCAGAUGCCUUCGCAGACGGUAUUCCAAUGGUCGUUUUCACAGGGCAAGUGCCAACUAGUGCCAUCGGUACCGAUGCCUUCCAAGAAGCCGAUGUUGUCGGUAUUUCCAGAUCCUGUACCAAGUGGAAUGUCAUGGUAAAAACCGUGGAAGAAUUGCCAUUGCGUAUCAACGAAGCUUUUGAAAUUGCCACUAGUGGUAGACCAGGUCCCGUCUUGGUUGACUUACCAAAGGACGUCACAGCGGCCAUUUUAAGAAACCCAAUUCCAACAAAAACAACUUUGCCAUCAAAUGCGCUAAACCAAUUAACUAGUCGUACACAGGAUGAGUUCGUUUUGCAAAACAUCAAUAGAGCAGCAGAUUUGAUUAAUUUGGCAAAGAAGCCUGUUUUAUACGUCGGUGCAGGUAUUUUAAACCAUGCUGAUGGUCCAAGAUUACUAAAAGAGUUAAGUGACCGUGCACAAAUACCCGUUACAACUACUUUGCAAGGUUUGGGUGCUUUCGACCAAGACGAUCCAAAAUCCCUUGAUAUGUUAGGUAUGCAUGGCUGUGCCACUGCUAACUUGGCGGUACAAAAUGCGGAUUUGCUAAUUGCUGUAGGUGCUAGAUUCGAUGAUCGUGUCACCUUGAAUAUCGCUAAAUUUGCACCAGAGGCCCGUCGUGCUGCUGCUGAAGGCAGAGGUGGUAUUAUUCAUUUUGAAGUUAGCCCCAAAAACAUAAACAAGGUCGUGGAGACUCAAAUAGCGGUGGAAGGUGACGCUACUGGGAAUUUGGAUAAAAUGAUGCCAAAAAUCUUUCCAGUAAAGGAGAGAUCAGAGUGGUUUGGUCAAAUAAACGAAUGGAAGAAGAAAUACCCAUACGCUUACAUGAUGGAAACUCCAGGAUCUAAAAUAAAACCACAAACAGUCAUAACAAAACUAUCCAAGAUCGCCAACGACACAGGAAGACAUGUUAUAGUCACAACCGGUGUCGGGCAACAUCAAAUGUGGGCUGCCCAACACUGGACAUGGAAAACCCCACGUACCUUCAUCACAUCAGGUGGUUUAGGUACAAUGGGUUACGGUCUUCCAGCCGCCAUCGGCGCUCAAGUCGCUAAACCAGAUUCUUUGGUUAUUGACAUUGAUGGUGAUGCAUCUUUCAACAUGACCUUGACCGAAUUGAGUUCUGCCGUCCAAGCUGGUACUCCAGUGAAGAUCUUGGUUUUGAACAAUGAAGAACAAGGUAUGGUUACUCAAUGGCAAUCACUAUUUUACGAGAAUCGUUAUUCUCACACACAUCAGUUGAACCCUGAUUUCAUAAAACUAGCCGACGCUAUGGGUCUAAAGGGUUUAAGAGUCAAAAAGCAAGAAGAAUUAGAUGCUAAAUUGAAAGAAUUUGUUUCCACAAAGGGCCCUGUCUUGCUUGAAGUGGAAGUUGACAAAAAAGUUCCUGUUUUGCCAAUGGUUCCAGCAGGCAAGGGUCUAGAUGAGUUCAUAUACUUUGAUCCAGAGGUUGAAAGACAACAAAAUGAAUUACGUCACAAGCGUACCAAUGGUAAGCAUUGA